AGUAGCACUCUGCAUCAUUUGUUUUACAAACCCUAGGAAAUCCUUUCUUUCCAUCGAUCUUUCUUUCUUUCCUCCCUACCUUCCCCCUUUCCCCCUCAAAUAUAUCACAACACCCGCAUCUACAAUGAGUGGCUUUGGGAAGCGUGGAAAUGAAAGUCACGAAAGCUACAUUAUGAACCAACAAAUCGCAUUGCCUGUGCCAUACAACCAAGGUGAUGGUCAAGAGUUCAGUGUAAAUGAACCUGGAACCUAUCAUUUCCAACAGUCAUUCAAUUCGUAUUCCCCUCAUUUCACGUCUCCCUUUAAUCACCCGGUCAUCUCAUCUCAUAUACAUCACCUAUCUCCGCACCAUUCGCCUGGCCAUUCAAUUCCGUCCACGCCCGAACAUACAGCGUUGCAGCAUCAACCAAUGCAGUAUCUGCCCCAGGACCGUUAUAUCCACUCAAGAUAUCUGCCCCUGCGCGAGGCCCUUGGGGAGAGCGACAUUGAAAGCCAGGAUUCUCGAAACGAGAACACUAUGCUGUCAGAGCCAGUCAUACCACAGCUAGAGGGAUUCCCAAAUGUCAGGGAAUUUGAUCAAUUGAUGAAAAGUUACGUCGAUGAUCUGUCGGUGAAGAAACAGGACAAGGCGUUGAUUCACGCGAAACGGGCCCGGAACAUAAAAACAGUUCUUUUAGAUCCAAAAGAUACGGCCAUAGAAUCGGCCCAAUUCCGGUUCUGGGUCAAAAAAAUGUUCAAGCUUCAGCCAAUUGGUGGAAUGGGCUCAGAUUGUGCUAAAAUGAUCUGCCAUGAAGGGAAGCCGGUAGCCAUUCGCGAGAAAUUGUUUAAGAUUCUUACUAGAGCACAUCAGCAGUGUCAGCAUGGUGGAAGAGACAAAACAUCAGCUCAAGUUCGACAAAUCUAUUCAUGGGUCCCAAAGGAACUAAUUUCACGCUUUGUCAAGAUAUGCCCAACCUGCCAAGUCCGUCGAGGAGGGUCACGAUUGACGCCGCCCAGUUCGAGAAGAGGUUCGCCGCGUCUCACCAAUAUGCCGCGUUCUCCGAAGCUUCCAUCACCACCCAUGUCAAGGCGGGAGUCCACUUUGAAUGGCCAGGUUACUACGGAAAGACCCCAACCGGACUAUUUUCAUCAGCUCGGUGGCGCUAAUGGCUGGAUGGAUGGCCAUCGGAACCCACACGCACGACAUGGUCCGAGCUUGAACCUGAAUCCCAUGCGCUCUUUCAGUUCCGGUACAAUAAACCAUAUGCCCAGCUCGAUUGCACCCACGAUGGACCCAUUUCAUGCAGACCUAUCAGCCCCCUCGUCGCAAGUCAGCUAUAACCCAAUGUAUGCGUCCAGCCAGGGCGCACCCAACCAUUGAGGACGCCAAUUUACCUGGUGUUUAAAAGGAUGGAAGAAAAGAAAUCAAUCGGAAUGCGACACUUCAUGCUGAAGCAGGAAAGUGGAAAGGGGGUGCUAUUCUAAUACUCGAUAUGUUAUGUUGCUCUUUUGUAGUUUCGUCACUGUCAAUCUUAUUGCUUUGUUGCAGAAGCUGCU